GAGAUGACGCAUAAUAAGGGUUUUUCAGAUAACUGACAGAAUGAAUUUUCAAAUAUGGAUUCGGAUAUCAAAAUUCCCAUCAAUGUAAUUUUAUAAACAUCAAGUAUCAAGAAGUUAUAAAACCAAUAAAUGAUUUACCUAUAAUAAAAAAUUAAAAACCCAUGACCAUAUUAAAAAGAAAUAACAAACAAUAACUAAGUGUCUACAAACGGAAUGAUUCAGUGUUGAACCACUAAGAUGUAUGAAUGAUUAAGUGAUGUUUGGUAAAGUUUCUGCCCGGAUAUGUUGAAUGAGCAAAAUUACCAUUUUAGCCUUCCAACAAAAACAACUUUGGAACUAUAAUUUAAUUCACAUUUUUUUUUUGUUAAAUUGCUAUGUAGGAAGACAAAUGAAUAGUUUAUAGAGGCUUAAACACGUCCUGAAUGCUUAAGGAUUCAGAGGCUGCCUUUAUAUGAAACGAUUCAGAUACCAUUAAGAGGUUUACCAAAAAUCCCUUUAACUCACGAACCAUAAAUUCUAUCGGAAAUUUCGGAAUUGAAGCAAACAAACCUAUACGUAUUAAUCAAUUAACAGCAACCAUGUUCCUUAGUUUUAGUUAAUUGCUAUCCACAAUAGUAUAGCACCAAAAUUGCAAGUUUUACUUUUCAUUCCUAAUUGUCGACUCAAAUAUUAAAUCACAAACUGAGGGAAAUCUUAGUAAUGAUAAUAUUUUUCCUUAAUAAGUAAUAAGAGUAUCCAUUUCUUGAAGAAUGAAUCCCAAGUUCCAAUGCAUAUAUUAUACUUCCUCUACACUCUUGUGAGUUGUGAGAACAUGGACUCAUGGGUGUCGUGUCUCUAGCACAUAAGAUAUCAAAGAUCUUGUCAAAGUUAUGCAUAUUCACUAUUUAAUCAGCUUCCUCAACUUCAAUACUUCAAACUCCAAAGAUUUGAUCUGUGCAUGCGCCAUUAAUUGAAUAUUCCUGAGAAAGAGAGAAUCUAAUUAACAUGGUGCUGAAAGUAUAUGGUCAUAGAAUUUCUGAACCAUCUCGUGCAGUUCUCAUCUUCUGCAAGAUAAACAUGAUAGAUUUUGAGGAAAUUCACGUGGAGGUCUUGAAAGGCCAGCAAUUCUCCCAAGAAUAUGGAGCAAUAACUCCCAUCCGCCAAAUUCCAGCAAUAGUUGAUGGACAUUUGAAGUUGAUUGAAAGUCAUGCGAUCCUUAUCUACUUAAGUUGUUCAUUUCCUGGAGUGGCUAGCCACUGGUAUCCUGGUGAUCCACAAAAAAGAGCUAAGAUCCAUUCCAUUUUAGAUUGGCAUCAUUCUCAUUUACGUCGUGGUGCAGCUGGACUUGUAUACACCACUAUCUUGGCACCACUAAAUGGCCUUCGUUCAUUCCUUCAGAUAGUCAUUCAAGCUGAAGAGAUACUCCUGAAAUCUUUGUCCGAAUUAGAAAAUGUUUGGUUAAAAGAUGGAACGUUUUUGGGUGGAAUCUCCCAACCAUCAAUUGCAGAUCUCAGUUUAGCGUGUGAAGUCAUGCAACUUGAGCUUUUGAAUGAGGAGGAUUACCAUCAGAUAUUAAGCCCUUACAAGAAAGUAAAAAAGUGGAUUAAAGACGUAAGAAGUGCGACUGCACCUUAUUUUGAUGAAAUUCAUGAGUAUCUUUUUGAAUCCCAAAAAGGAAUUCGUGAUCAAAUGGCAACACAAUCAGGGAAAAAGAAAGUGAGGCCGAAAAUGUGACACCACUUAACCUUGUUCAUUUAAUGAAAUUUCUCAAAAUUAUGUAACCAUCAUUAGAUGUUAAUUAGCUAGGUUAUACACAAACACACACAAAUGCUUUAGCUACAUGGUAGAGUUGUGUUUUACAUCGAGUAUACUCACUUUUUUUCCCACACACAUAAUUCGGUAGAUCGUUCUUUAUCAAAUGGAUUGAUGUAAUAGUUGGUAACAACAGGUCAAAGUCCGUCGGUCAAACCAUCGUAAACACCUCUGUAAAAUGGACCUAUUGUGUAGUAUUUCUUG